AUGGCCGCAGCGGCCACUGAGCAGCCAUCAUCCAAUGGCGCCAAGACGAAUAUCUCCUCGCUUCUGGACAGUAUUACGAACUCAUCUAGUGUUCCUGAUUUUACUCCAACUGCGCGGAAUUCCCAAAGCGAGCAGCAGCGGCAGCAACGGUGUUCAGAAGGGCGAGAACGAGAACAAGAAGAACAGCUCUUCUUCACUCCGGGACGAUGUCGUGAAGAAACUCGUGGAGCUCCGAGUCUACCUCGACCGGGGGUGAGACCGCUAGAAGGAAGGCUCAAAUACCAGAUUGACAAAGUGGUCAAAGCGGCUGAGGACGCUGAGCGGUCCCAGCGGGCGGCUGAAGCAGCGAAGAAGGCCAAGGACAAGAAGAAGAAAAAGAAGAAGACGAAAGCGCAGGUGUCGUCGGAUCAGUCAGGAAGUGACGACAACGACGACAGGGAAGAGGAGGAGGUAUCUGAUUUUGCUAGCGACGAGCAGUCUGAUGGCGAGGAAGUGAGCGAUGAGGAGGAAGAAGAUGAGGAGGAGGAUGAGGACGAGGAAGAAGAGAUCGACGAAAUGGCAUACAGGCCCAACAUCUCCGCAUUCACGAAAGGAAUGCAGGCAGAGGCCGAAAAGCAAAAAGCAUCAAAGGAGGCGAAGAAGUCCACUUCAUCUGACGGUAUUUAUCGUCCGCCCAAGAUCAAGCCGACCGCCCUCCCCACAACCGAUAGUGAACGCAAGGAGAAGGAAGAACGCCGACCCAAGAAAUCCAGCGUCAUCGACGAAUUCGUCACGACGGAGAUGUCGUCCGCACCUGUUGCGGAACCCAGCAUUGGAAGCACGAUUCAGCGCGGUGGCCGACAUGUGUUGACACAGAAAGAGCGGGAGGAAGAGAAGGAACGGCGUGAGUACGAGGAAAUGAACCUAGUGCGACUGCCAAAGGAGAGUAAGAAAGAGCGGGCGAAAAAACGGCGUCGGGAGGGUACCUUUGGUGGUGAGGAAUUCCGCCUGCUGGGCGAAAGUGCAGAUCGCAUCGAGAGACUGACCCGGCGCGCGGGCGGGAGCAGUCGCAGCAGCGUGCUGGAGAAGAGUCGCAAGCGGAAACACACCGAGGAUGGUCCCCGCGACGACGGAACGGCCAUCGGGCAGAUCUUUGAGAAACGGCGGAAGAAGAUUGAGAGCUGGAAGAAGAAGUGA